ACGCUAGCUCUUGGUGUCGAAUCUGCGGACAUACUCGGUCACUGUCGGUAGAUCAGUCAGCUCUCCGCUCAUCGGUACAUUCACCGGUCAGUUUGUGUCCGUUAUUGUUACCGGUCUCCUCUUCCUCUCUGUUCCAGCCGGCAGCGGUGAUCUUUAAAUGGCGGCUGUUUACGGUUUCAGCAGCCUGGAGCCUUAAAACACUUCCUGUAAGAUCACCAUGUAGACUGGUGGAUGGACAGCUGUGAAUCAGAGAGCAGACAGUAGCAGUCUGAAACAUUUACAGUCAGAAACUGUAACAGUCAGAAUCAGAAACAGAGUCAGAAUCAGAAACAGAAUCAGCAACAGAGUCAGAAUCAGAAACAGUCAGAAUCAGAAACAGCCAGAAACAGUAACUGGUCAUAAACAGUCAGUAACCAGUCUCACAGUGUCAGGGUGGCUCUGGUGUCGUCCUGGUGGAGGAGCAGGCUGAUGGAGAGCGACUGUCGGAUCCCUGUGGCGUGUUGUAGGCCUCGAGUACUUGUCCUCCACGCUCUGUUCUGGGGCCUCGUCUCCCUCAGGGUGUUUGGCGCUGCCCUGCUGAGCGAAGAAAAAACUACAGCAGUGAAACAGGUGGUUGCCCCCUGCUGGCUGCUGGAGGAGUUUGUGGUGACGGUGGAGUGUUCGCCGUGUAAUGCCUUCCAGACCAGGUCGUGGUCAUCGUGCACGCUGACGGGAUACGUGGAGAGAGUCAACUGCACCAAAACCAACAGAGAUGAGUACAAGAGCUGUCGCUCCGCAGUGAUGGAAGAACAUCUCUUCUGGAAGUUCGAGGCAGCCAUGUUGGCUCUGACGGCCAUCUUUGCUAUCCUGGUGGUCGUCCGUCAACGCUGGCUCGACCGCCUGGCCUCCGAGAAGGUCCGCCGCCAGAUCGAGUCCAUCUAGGUAACCAGACGCACCUGGACCCGAACCCAGAUCUGGACCUUGUUUUUAUCCUGCUGCAGUUUUUUAAGGACUGGAUAAGUUGAUCCGCACUCGGAGAUCCAUCAGGGAUCAGGACUGAAGAGGACCCUGCAGAGAACUGGACUGUUUGCGUCAUCCUCAAAUUUAUUUAAUCUAAAACUUUUCUGAUUGGUCUGACAAAAUGUAGCAGGUGUUAAAAUGGACAUGGCGUUUGAGAUUGACGCUGUCCCUGCUGAAGACGAUGAUGAAAGACAGAUCUUGUGUUUUCCCUCCGUAUUUUCUUGCUAAAUGUUUGAUUCAGCAACAUAUGAUCAAAUGUUGAAGUGUCUUUGAACGUUACGCCACCUCCUUUCCUCAGAUAUUUUAUUAUCAAUUCUAGGGUCGGACUGUUAAACAUGUUUAAUUUUGUUUUUCUGUGAAGUUUUUGACUCAAUAAACUGAUGAGAAACAGUUUUCAAAAAAAUACA